AAACAGUGCGUCGCUAGUAUUUCCUCGGAACUAAACUAGAUGGCGUGGGAGUAGGUGUGUUUAUUCGCGACACACGACAGCGCAGCGGUCAAAGUGCAAGUCUUUUAGAAAACUUGAAUACAUUCUGCCGUAUGAACGCCGACUCGAUUCAUAAUGUAGCUGGCCUCCGCCGCGCUGGAUGCGAACUGUAUACAUCUGCCGACAUUAUCGGACUAUUAUUAUUAAAAAUCGCGUGUGAAAUAAUAACCUCCAGAAAUCGCUGUAACGUGUGCUGUGCGCACUAUGAUAUGACAUUGACGUUCGGUGAGCGGGAAUUUCGAGUGAAGUUUUGUAAAGAAUGUAGUGUCCCGCGUCUGAUUUUAGUGUUUGUUCUCGGAGUUUGUAGAGUGAAAGUUGCUUGAGAUGCGGUUACGGUGCGGCAGUAAUGUUGCCAACAGUUCUGCUCGCCUGUGUGUGAUUGGCAAGACAGUGUACUUAGUUAAAUAAAACAAAAAUAAAGCACCAUGCCGUUCACAAUGAAAGAAGGUGGCUUCGGCACCGGCGACUACGUGGCGUUCGGGGUGUUGUGUGCGGCGUCGUGCGCCGGCGGCGUGUGGUACAGCGCGCUGGGCUCGCGCAAGCGGACGCUGGUGGACAUCAGGGACUAUCUGCUGGGCGGCAAGGCCAUGAGCACGUUGCCGGUGGCCAUGUCACUUAUAGCCAGUUACGUGUCAGGAGUGACAAUCCUGGGCACGCCGGCGGAGAUCUACAACUAUGGCACGCAGUACUGGCUGGUGAUCAUCGGUGUGACGCUCAGCUGCAUCAUCGUGGCCGCUGUUUAUCUGCCGGUGUUCUGCACUCUGAGGCUAUCGUCGUCUUAUGAAUAUUUAGAGUUUAGAUUCAAUCGUCACGUACGCGCCGUAGCGUCACUCCUUUUCCUAUUGGACGAGAUAUUGUUCCUGCCUAUGGUCGUGUAUGUUCCUGCAUUAGCAUUUAAUCAAUUGACGGGGUUUAACGUGUUUUACGUCGGCGGCAUCAUGGUGGCCAUUUGUGGUAUUUAUACAGCAUUAGGCGGGUUAAGGGCAGUGGUGUGGACGGACUCGGUGCAGACCGGCGUGAUGUUCAUCGGGGUGAUCCUGGUGGCGGCGGCGGGCACUGUCGCAGUCGGCGGCUUCUUCUCCGUGCUCGACGUGGCGACCGAGUCUGGCAGAGUUCAGCUCUCCAAUUGGAGCUUUUCUCCGUACGAGCGUCAGACGGGAUGGGGUGCCGUCUUCGGCGGCAUGAUCUACUGGACGUGCUUCAACUCCGUCAACCAGACCAUGGUGCAGCGGUACAUCGCGCUGCCCUCCAAGCGGCAGGCCAUCUAUGCUCUAGCCAUGUUCUGCUUCGGGGCUGUCCUGGCCAUCUCGCUCUGCGUGUGGUGCGGCCUAGCGGCGUGGGCCGCGUGGGUGCAGGGAGGCUGCGACCCCGGCGGGGUACCGCUGGUUGACGACCGCCUGCUGCCUGCUUUUGUAACUUACAUCAGCAAGUUGCAGCACUUGCCUGGCCUGGCUGGAGUGUUUUUGGCUGGUGUUUUCGGUGCUGGUUUGAGCUCGCUGUCGGCGGUACUGAACGCGUGCGCGCUGGUGGCAGUAGAAGACAUAAUGCGCGGCUGGCUGCGCUGGCAAUUGAAGCCUUUACACGAAGGCAUCAUCGCGCGGGUGGUGACCGUGGUGCUCGCCAUCAUCUCCCUCAUCAUGCUGCUUGUCAUUGAGAAGCUGGGCGGAGUGCUGGGUGUCGCAACCGCGCUAUCAGCGAUCGCCGCCAGCGCCACCUGUGGCAUCUUCACGCUCGGCAUGGCUUUCCCUUGGGUGGGACCCCGGGGUGCCAUCGCAGGCGCCAUCGCGGGCGCUAUCGUCGCCGGCACCACGUCCAUGGGCAUCCAAGCCGCCUCGGCGCAGGGCCUGAGGGCGCCACCUCUCAACUUCACUAUGGAGUGUAUUAGGAAUUCGUCGUAUGUGCCACCUUCUGAUGUUUUGGACCCAGAAACAAUAUUCCCCCUAUUCCGCAUCUCCUACCACUGGAUCGCGCCGCUCGGUCUUUUCACAACCCUGAUCGUCGGGGCCGUGAUGGGCUACCUGCUGGACAGCAAGUCGUCCAUCGUGAUGGACAAGGAGCUGUUCACGCCGGUGAUAUGGCGCUGCCUUCCGGCUGAGGCCCACGAGAGGGCGGGCGACGUGCGGAGAGCCGCCAUGUUGGAUAAAGACGUGGAGCCGGCGCCGAACGCACCGCUAAUAUUGACUCCCAUAGGAGCUAAGGUUGAGAUGAACGGAGAAGCCAGCAGAUCGGGCAGAUGACCUGUGUUUUGAAAUAACUUACAAGGUCUGAAUUUUAGCUUACAAAACUUAUGACCACAACAUA